UUUUACAAUUUUACAGGGCUCAUCGUUCUGAAAUGCAAGGUGUGCUGUGAUUGGCCAGCUAUCCAGUGCAUUUUGAUUGGCUGAAUACCUCAAGCGUUGUGUAAAUGUUACACCCCUUAACAUAUUGUGAUCGAGUCCAGCCGGAGCGACGAUACAUUGACAUAAAACCCAUUAUAAAUGUGAUAUAAACAUGAUUUCCAGUUGUGUCCUCUUUUGAAAGGCCAAACAAAGUAGUUUUACUUUAUUAACGAAACAGCGAGCAGAGCAGAGUGAGCAGAGGCCGGAGGCCGGCUUGAGUGAGCAGAGGUGAGCCCGAUUCUACGAAGGAUCUUACGACAGCCACAUGUGAGGACCCCGGGCUGGACUCGGCUUCAUCUACAGUGAAAGGCAAUCUGGUGAUCCACAGUGCAAAGUUGAUGCAUUUUCUAAGCGACCAGCACAGAUCAGCUCCAGGCAUGACGAAGCGGAUAUCGUCCUCUUUUGGAAGGCCAAACAAAGUAGAUUCACUUUCACAGUGAAACACACAACGUCUAUACAACAUAGCGUUAGCGACGGCAACAACAAUACUACAACGAGAAUAAAAGGGGUCAGGAGAGUGCUGGGAUUGUCAUGAGUACUGGAACAAACACACCAACAUACACCACCCUAAAGGGCAUGGGUUUAGUGAAUACAGCUUUUAAAGCAGAGGAUUUGCUGAAACUGCGCAAUGGUAACCUAGGCAUCGGACACACACGUUACUCCACCACGGGCAUCUCAGAGCUGCAGAACUGCCAGCCUUUUGUGGUAGACACUCUGCAUGGCAAGAUUGCAGUAGCACACAAUGGGGAACUGGUCAAUGCCUCCGCACUGCGCAAGAAGGUUAUGCGCCAUGGCGUUGGCCUCUCCACCAGCUCAGACAGUGAAAUUAUUACCCAGCUCCUAGCUUUGACUCCGCCCAUGGAGGAGCUAGACACUCCUGAUUGGUUGGCUCGUAUAAAGAACCUGAUGACUGAGACGCCUACUUCGUACUCACUGCUAGUGAUGUAUAAAGAUGUGAUCUAUGCAGUGAGAGACCCCUAUGGAAACAGGCCUCUUUCUAUUGGACGUCUAGUGCCCAUCUCCAGACUGCACAGCUCAGGUGCUGAAGAAACAGACACUGAAGGCUGGGUGGUCUCUUCUGAGUCCUGCAGCUUCCAGUCCAUUGGAGCAAAGUAUUAUCGUGAAGUACAGCCCGGAGAGAUCAUCCAGAUCUCUAAAAAUGGAGUGAAGAGCCUGAGUGUUGUCCCACGGCCAGAUGGAGACCCUCCUGCCUUCUGCAUAUUUGAGUAUGUUUACUUCGCCAGGCCAGACUCCAUAUUUGAAGGUCAGAUGGUGUAUACAGUGAGGCAGCGCUGUGGACAGCAGUUGGCCAUUGAGGCUCCCACUGAUGCUGAUGUAGUGAGCACUGUUCCAGAAUCAGCCACACCUGCAGCAUUAGGAUACGCACAACAAUCAAGGCUUCCAUAUGUAGAGGUGCUGUGUAAGAACCGCUACGUGGGCAGAACAUUCAUUCAACCAAACACUCGCCUACGUCAGCUUGGAGUUGCCAAGAAGUUUGGGGCGUUAACAGAUAACUUUGCUGGCAAACGAGUGGUGCUUAUUGAUGAUUCGAUUGUGAGGGGCAACACCAUCUCCCCUAUUAUUAAACUGCUAAAGGAAGCGGGUGCCACAGAGGUCCACAUUCGAGUUGCAUCACCUCCAAUCAGGUUCCCUUGCUACAUGGGCAUUAACAUUCCUACCAAAGAGGAGCUAAUUGCUAACAAACCAGAGUUUGAGGAUAUAGCAGGUUAUAUUGGUGCUACAAGUGUCCGUUAUUUGUCAGUUGAAGGCCUGGUAUCUGCUGUUCAGAGUGGGAUAGAGUCACAUGGGAAAGAUGAGAGGAUCAGCACCAAGACUACUAGAUUUGGUCAUUGCACAGCCUGCCUCACAGGAAAAUACCCAGUGGAGCUGGAGUGGUGAAUUUCGUCCCUCCGAACUGCUAUUCACAUAAAUGUCUAUUCAUUUCUGUAUAGAAUAGUUUUUUGUUUGUCUUUUGAAAAUCUUUUGUUAAUAUUACGAAAACCAGAAAGCUGUUGUGCUGCUUUAACAAUUGUAAAUGUCAUUAAAGCCAGGCCAAAUACUGUGUGAAUUAAAAUAAAACAUGCUAUUUUUCCUA